AUUCUGUUCUUCCAAAGUUCAACAUUGACUUUGUUGUAUCUCUACUGAGGCAAGAAAAUGCUAAAGACAUCGUUGUCAUCCAGUUACCUCCAGAAAUAAAAUACUGUAAUUACUUUAUAAUUGUGAGUGGAACUUCAACACGACAUCUCCAUGCAAUGGCACAUUAUAUGCUGAAAAUGUACAAGCAUCACAAAGAAGAAGGUGAUCCUCAUGUUCAGAUUGAAGGGAAAGAGACAGAUGACUGGCUGUGCAUUGAUUUUGAUAGCAUCGUGCUCCAUUUCAUGCUGCCAGAGACACGAGAGGUUUAUGAGUUGGAGAAGCUAUGGACUCUUGGUUCCUAUGAUGACCAGUUAGCACAGAUGAUGCCACAGCCACUGCCAGAAGACUUCAUAUUUGGGCUGACUCCUGACAGCAGUGAUCAUCUUGAGGCAAGAACUUAAUGUGGCUGCUGAGUGGAAAGAGAAACGAGCGUGCCUUCAUA